AUGUAUCAAACAUUGUGUAAUUUUAAUUUGGCUAAUCUGACACGAGCGAAGCUGGCGCCGGGACUUUCCCGGAAGCUGAAAAAGGUCUUGGAGUGUCGCACCGACUCGCCCGAUGUGCUGGCCUCACUCAACACCCUUUCAUCUUUCUAUUCCGAAAAUACCCCUCAGUCGCGGCGGAACCUCCGAUCCACCAUCGAGAAGCGAGGCCUCGCCACCAACCUCAAGUUCCUGAAGGCCUCCCUGGCUGCCCAAGAGGCCUUGGCCACUAGCUGCGACAAGAUCGCUGUCGCUCUCAGCAGCUGCACCGCCACCACCGAAGGGCUCAUGCAGAUCGUCUCUUGCUUCCUACGCGAGUACCAGCUCUCUAAUCAAGAGAAAGACAGCCUUAUAAUUUCGUACAAACUAAGUAAUACCCUGGAGUUUUACAGCCACACUGUAUCGGAAUUUAUUGGGAGAGAAACAGCAUUAUCUGAUACACUGUGGACACUAAAGGAUGCUGCUCAGAAAACUUUCUUUGAUAUUCUGAAAACCCGAGGGGAAAAGCUUUUGAGGUAUCCUCCCCUUGUUUCUGUUGAACUCUCCCCUCCACCAGCAGUAAGGGAAGAAGUCUCACUUUUGCUUGAAAUAGUUGAGACCCAUAACAGCAUGAUGCUUCCAACUUUAGGCAAAAAUCCUUCUUUUGGUCCAGUCAUAUCUGCUUUACUUGAUCCAAUUAUUAAGUCAAGUGAAACAUCCUCGAAGAUAUUCCUCAUCAAUUGCUUGUGUGCCAUACAACAACCAUUGCUUGGGCAUGAGGUUGCAGAGGAAUACGUGAAGUGCCUCGGGAUGAUAGCUAAACACAUGCAAGCCCUUGUAGAAAAUGAAGUCGAUGUGAUCCUUAAAAGAUGUGGCUUGUAUCCAAGUGGCUAAAUCAUUGGCCGAAGCAUAUGACAUUACAUAUGAAGCAAUUAUGGAUCCCAAAAAUGGCUACUCAGAUCCCAAAUCACUGGCAAGGCAUCCUCCAGACCAGAUAAGGACCAUUUUGGGAAUUUGAAGCACCGAUGAAACAUCUUAUUUCUGUCGAACAAGUUCUACUAACUGUUUGAUUGUGAGAUAUUAGGUGAAGAAAAUGAAGAAACUCUACAUUUCUGCGUUUGCAGCAAAGAAAUCGUAAUUUGCGUGUCUUCUUUCAAACCAAA